AGUAAACACAAAUUGAAUUAAGACAUGUGUAGUAUUCCUGUACCAUGUAAACGUACUGAGUGUUUAUGACAGAAUAAUAAUGUUAGAUUUUAUGUGUAUCUUUCAAAGGCAAAACAAAACUUUUUUUUUUUUUUUUUUAAAAACAAACAUUUUAUUUCUCUGGAGUGUCAGCUACAACCUGGGUAUUUGUUUGACUGAUCUUUAGUACACAGAUAAACAAUAAAACAAAUAUUAAAAAUCAACUAUAAUGCUGCAAGAAAUAAUAAUUCAGCAAAACAACAGUGGAAAAACCUCAGCAGAAAAGCAAGGGUAUAAUAAAAUUUUUAUAUAAUCUUUACUAUACAUUAAAAUAAAAAGAAUAUAUCUCCUAAGUCACGGGUUCCCAAGCCUGGUCCUGGACUGGAGUACCCUCUAUCUUACACAUUUUUAGUGUUUUCCUUGCUAUAGCACACCCACUUAAAUUCAUGAAGGGCUGUUAAUUAGCCGAUUGUGCUGGGAAACUCAUAAUGGAAAACUCUAAAAUAUGCAGAACAGGGUUCUCCAGGACCAGGGUUUGGUUGUCUGUGUACUAGACUAAACUAAUCUGUCAAACAGAAGUUGUAGAGAGUGGUAUCUGAUAACAAAGACAUCUCCCCAGGGAAUAAGGAUGAAUAACAGGAAGUAAAUGUGCCCAGCAUCUGCCCUGUGCACAAACAAAUAAGUACAGCUAAACGAGGUGGAUCAUUUGGAUAAUGAUCAAUCUUAGUGAAUAACAGAAAACUUAAAAGAGGACGCACAUUAGGUAUGAGCCAAUUUUACCAGGUUUCCCCUGAAAGCCUUUUUUUUUUUUUGUAAUCUGAGAUUUAACAAACGAGUUGUUUUUGUUGGCUCGAAUUUAACACAUGAAUUCGCGAUUUAAACAGCACAAGCAGAUGCAGAUGGACAGUAUUUAUAAAUAGCAGAUGAUAGACACAAUCAUAAUCAAUAAUUUAGAACAGAAAUUUAUUUUGACGUUUAUUUUUGAAGAGCUACCCAAAAAACAAGGGCUGACUAGCGCUCUCGCCCCACGCCCCAUCUUCCUUGUGUACUUUCGCUUUCUCUCUUCUUAAGAAUCAUAACCCGAAGAUUCUCUCAUCCUAACACACCUACAUCACCAUAUCUCCAGACUAAAAUAGGUUAGUCAAUCUAAUUGGCUUGUAAACUUGAACAAUGGUAAAAUAGAAAUCUAUUCAAAAGACUACAGGAUAAAAAUAAGUACAAGCACAAGAAGUGCUACAUGCAAGUUUAACUUUCGAUUCAAACGUCAGACAAAGGCAGAAGAGAUCUACACUGCACAAAAGAAGAGAACACACUGGAUUUAAAACAGAUAAAAGUGGCCACUCCUACUUACUGUUUUUUCACAUACUGUAGCUACCUUGAGAUAGUGUACCUAUCUGAUUGACAAGGCAUUAGAAAUGCAAAGGGAUUUCAUAUUCCUUUUGAAUUUUGUCAGGCUCCGAAUGUGCCCCUGAGGAAGUGAAAUAGCAAAUGAGUUUGAUUUUAGAUUCUCUGUCUGUAAAACUUGCAUCCAGCCAAUUAAACAACUAUGUCUUCAUAUGGGUUUGUGCUGAAUCAUAUUUACAAAUGGUGGUAUGGUUCUGAAUUGUAUUCUAAACCCUGGAGAACAGUAAAAUGGGACAGUAAAUGUGAGAUAGAAGAGAGUGUGAAAAUUCUGACCCCAAGCAAUCCAGAUAUCAGACAUCUUCAAAUCCUGCUGCAUGGACCUGUUGGAGCUGGAAAGUCCAGCUUUAUAAAUUCCCUCAGAAGUGUCUUUCAAAAACGCAUUAGUGUCAAAGAGCAAGUAGCACCAUCAUCAUCCACCAGUUGCACAAAAACAUACAAAGGCUGUGAAAUCAAAGCAUCUUAUGGAGUUUUACCAAUCACCAUAUUUGAUUUUAUGGGUCUGGAAGAAAAGACACAAAAUGUUCAUCCCGAUGAUCUGAGAAAUGCACUGCAUGGACAUUUGCCAAAUGGAUAUAAGUUUCAUCCUGACAGACCACUGCCUUCAAAUGAUGAAAAAUACAUCAUCAACCCCUCAAAAGGAGAAAAAAUGCAUUGCCUGGUCUGUGUUGUGUCAGCAAACAGUAUCUCUCUAAUGAAUGAUGCUUUCAUCAACAAGAUGAAAAUGUAUUUGGAGGAAGCCAGUGAACUUGGAAUCCCUCGAGCUGUUCUCAUGACUAUGGGUGAUCUAGUCUGUCCCGCUGUUAAGAAGGAUGUGAAAUACAUCUACAUAAGCAAGAUAAUUAAAACCAAGAUGAAAGAAUGCAGUCACAAACUGCAAGUUCCAAUGACUUGCAUCUUCCCUGUGAAGAACUACAAUGAGGAGUCAGAAACAAACGACGACAUGGAUGUCCUCCUCCUGUUGGCACUGAAACAAAUUGCCCAUUUUGCCAAUGAUUAUGCUGAAGACCUUUGAAACAGGAAAGAUCUUAUUAAAAUUCUUUCCAAAUAACAGCUGCCGAGAAAAUGUAAAAGAAUACUUCUUUGCAUUAUGACCAUGUUACACAGAAUAGAGAAUGUUGAAAAUUUGCUUUAUAUUACCUAAUUAAGUAGAUAAUCACCUAAAAGCCAGCUAAUGAGAUAAUUAACUGUUCAUUUAUUAAAAACCACACUUCACAAUUAACAGUCUCAUUCAGAUAACAAGGCUUACUUUACACUUUCCAAGGUAGCAGUUGACAAAGGGACAGUGUCAUAUCUUUGAUCAUAAAAAAAUAUAUACUAUAUAUUCAAUGUAAGAAGUUAUUUGAUAUUUAACCUCAGGAUCACAUAGGGUAACAAAGUAAAACUGUGUUCAGUAUAUAUUUCACUGCAUCAUAAAACUGUACUUGCUGAGCUUGUUAAUUAAAUAAAUGAAAUAAAUCUUUAUUAAAGGUUAAACAAAAAUUUAAGUUACAAAUAAAAUAAAAUAAAAAUCUAACCAAGCAUAGUGGAAUCAAUUAUUUUAGAUUACGCAUGACUUUUUACAGCAGAACACCUCGAAAAUAUGACUAUUAAAACUCCAUGAAUUCCAUGUGUUCUAGUGUUGACCUAGGCUUUCUUUAAAAAUCAGAACUUAUUUGGUUCCAGACUAAAAUGGUGCAGUCACAAACAUUUGUAUACAUGCAUACUGUUUUUAAAAGGUUUUUUGUUCUAUCCUAUAUAUGCACUAUAUGGUCAAAAGUUUGUGGGCACCUGGCCAUCAUAUGUACAUGUUGAACAUUCCACUCCAGAUUUAUUCCCCCUUUGCUGUUAUAAUAAGGUCCACUCUUCUGCGAAGGCUUUCCACUAGAUUUUGGAGUGUGGCUGUGGGGAUUUGUACUCAUUCGGCUACAAGAGCAUUAGUCAGAUAAGGUACUGAUGUUGGGUGAGGAGGCCUGGGUUUCAGUCAGUGUUCCAGUUCAUCCCUAAGGUGUUCAGAGGGGUUGAGGUCAGGGCUCUGUGCAGGACACUUGAGUUCUUACACUCCAACCUUGGCAAACCAUGUCUUCCUUGGUGCUCACUUUGUGAACAGGAGCACUGUCAUGCUGGAACAAGUUUGGACCUCUAAGUUCCAGUUAAGGGAAAUUGUAAUGCUACAGCUUACAAAGACAUUCUAUACAAUUGUGUGGUUUGAUCUUUGUGGCAACAGUUUGGGGAAGAGCCACAUAUGGGUGUGAUGGCCAGGUGUCCACCACUUUAUUGUGGCAUAGAUUUAAUUGUAAAUGAAUCACAUUUUUGGUUCCAUCAAUCUACACACAAUAAUCCAUAAUGACAAAGUGACAAAAAUCUCUUGAAUUUGUUUUAAUGUUGUUGUUGUUGUUUUUACAAAUUUAUUACAAAUUGAAAAAUGGAUCUUUUAGUUAAUGGGUCAUUUAGAUAAGCAUUCAGACUCUUGUGAAUUAAUUUUAAAUUAAAUCUGUGGUUACGGUAGAUCUGGAGUCUAGCUCAGGAACACUGGGUGUGAAAAAAAUGGUUGUCUACUGGUAGCUCUCUCCUAUUUAUCUUAAGAAUAUCAAUUAAAGCAUUAUUGAUUCAUGACCAAGUAAUCACAGCUCCAGCUUUGACUGCCAAGGAAAUAGUCUCUUUCUAUAAUAAAUUAUAUUCCUCAUGCUGACUCCUUCUUUAACCAUAUCAAAGAUCUUAUUCCCCGUAUAGAUGACGAGUUCACAAGGUUGUGUUAUGCUGAUCUUACUU